AUGCCGAAGAAGAAAAGAGAUUACUCAAGUUGCGAGAGUGAUUUUAGCAACUGUAAACCACUUAAGUCCCGUCAGAAGGUAAGACAAGAAAAAUUUGACGAAGUGGUCAGUAUGUUAGAGGUUUUCUUUUUCGCUGUUUCCAGACAUGUUCGGCUGACAUUGGAGUACUCUGCAUGUGCCCGGCAGUGGAAAUUUUCUCAUUUUCUACUUUGCUUUGUUUUACUCUUGGCCCUGGCCUACAUGAAACUUACCUAAUCUACCGGACUGCGAAAAGAAAAGCUGAUCUUGUCCGGCCGCAGCCGCCGGCCUCCCGCGACUACUGAGGUUUUCCGUGACGUGUGAUGGGUCCCAUCCUCGGAGACCCAGGGGGAGUAAGUCGGGUUGGGAGAAAGGACGGGACGAAAGUUUUCAAGUACGGGUGAAAGAGCCCCUGGGUACCGACUCUCAUCAAACUAUUUCCAAAAAUUCAAGCGGAUGCCGGGUCCUGAUUGGGCACAAAAAAUGUUUUGUAUUAUUGUGCCCAAUUGGCAAACAGUUUCUCCUGGGUUCUUUUCGUGAGUUCGUACACGAGGGCUAUUGUCUUGCUACACUUGCCCAGUUCGUUCACCAAGCUUGUGUGUACAAGGGAAACUUUUAUUUUCUACUUUCCUAACCAGAAACGAAGGAACUACCGUUGUGCCGUCGAAAAAACGUUUGGGAUGCUAUCAACAGGAGCAAUUCAAUUUGCCCCGAGAACAUUCUGUUUUUGACUCAUCACAAUAUAUCAUAAAUAAUGGAAAGUUUAAGAUGCGGCAGCGAUGAGAAAGUCAAAUAAGCAAUCGCUUGACAAGGCAAAAAAACACUUUGCACAUGCAUCACACUUUUUUGUACAUUAAAUUCUUUGCCUUCAACUACACGACCACCUGUGAAAAAGCCUAAUCAGUCAUGUUUUGUGAAGGACGUAAACAAGCAAUGACAAAAUUUGUUCUCUUCAUGAACUUGGAUAUGGUUGAUAGAAAUUCAGCUCCAGAAGAGUUCGCUUGCAUUUGACAAAGUAAGCCAGUUGGAAUAAUCACGAUAGAAACUGAAGAAAUGGGAAUUCCCUCUUCCGUGCGACAUUUUCGUGGUUGUUGGUCGUCAUGGUAUCUUUUAAAAACUCCCUAAUAUUCACUCAAGACAUGACAGAUGCAAGCGUAAAUACCUGUUGUAAGCUCAAGCUUGUAUUUUUGGAAAAGGGUCUUUCGUUUUCGGGCAGACAGUGUUUUGAAAUCAGAUGGGGAUUUUAUAUCAAACUGAAAGUUUCCUGACUGCGUGCAUUUCUUUGGUGCAUGAGCCAGACAAGCCGUGAUCGAGACAAUAGCCGUCGUGUACGAACUCACGAAAAGAACUCAGGAGAAACUGUGCGCUGAUAAGGCACAAUAAUACAAAGCAUUUUUUGUGCCCAAUCAGGAGCCGGCAUCCGCUAGAAUUUUUGGAAAUAGCUCGGUGAGAGUCGGUACCCAGGGGCUCUUUCACCCGUACUUGAAAACUUUUGUCCCGCCUUUUCUCCCCACCUGACUGACUGUCCCUGGGUCUCCGAGGAUGAAUGGGUCCCAAAUUAUCAGUGUGAUGCGUGAUUGGGUCCAAAAUAGCUGCGUGAUGCGUGACUGGACAUAGCAGUGUGAUGCGUGAUUCACUAUUUUCAUAACGAGUGACUCAUGAUUUUCUUUUCUGAUUUCCGUGAUUGCUGAAUAUCAUUUGAAACUAGAAGCACAGGCAUUGAAAUCAGAUAGUCAUAACAUCAUUUUCUGGUCCCUUUUCUUAUUCCUCAAGCUCAGCUGAUCUCCUUUAAAAAUCAUAUUUUGACCUACAUGAUGGCAAAUUUAUUUUCCCUCUGAUGAGGGGUGUACUAAAAAAAGUCAGUGUGAUGGGUGGUAGGUAACCCUCCUUUGCCACCCUGUAAGACCUUAUCUUCUCUUUCGUAAGCUUACAAAAACUCACAAACAGUUUGCAAGAAUAGACUCGUAUGUGGUACAGUUGUGGGAUGAGUACUGCACCCUAACCUUCCACCUAGGGUGCCACACCGGUGGAGAUCUUGUGCAGUCUUUGGUGUACUGGUGCUCAUAACCACUUAGACCAAUAGUAAACCAUAUCAUAUCAAAAAUAUGGUGGAACCCUUUUGAAACGUCCACCUUUGGAAAAACCUGUAAUCCCAUAUAAUGAGACUGUGAUCAUCAUUAGCAGAGCUGAUAAACAAACUCUUAAUAGUAAGAAAUUUAAUAUUUUCACUCUCACUAUUUUUUAUCAGUCAAACAGAGAAAACAGUGAUAUUGAAUUGAUCAUAUCGCUUGACAGAAGGUGGAUAAAAAUAACACAACAAUGACCAUUGUGUAAAUAAACACAUUGUUAAGGUGCAUUGAUGCUCCCUUUGAUACCUGACUCAAUAGUACAUGUAUAUCAGCUGACCGAAAGAACAUCCUUAUAUUUCUGCAGUGUCUAUCCUUGCUGAAACCAAACUAAUAAUGCACUAUACUUCACUGGUGAUUACAACCUAAAAAUAAAGGUUUGAAUUUCUUACAUAACAUUACCAUUUUCAGAUACCAAGAAUUUCCUGUGACCAGAAGCCCAUCACCUCCUGCUAUGACACAGUACAGUCACAAAAUCCAGCCUCAAAUAGUAAGGGAAAACAGAAUCGUUCUUUUGUAAAGCAAAUCAGGAAGAGGGUAAGAAUUUAAGCUAUGUCUGUAUUUGUAGCUGGUGUCUAUGCUCUUUACAUUUUUUUUGAGAAGGCUUGCCAGAUCUUUUAUGGCAUGCCAUGUCUUUUAACCCAUUCGCCCUUGGAGAUUUUGCUGAAAAAUGCAUUUUGAAGCUAGUCAAGCGGUUUUCUGGUCACUGUCGCACUAGUAAGAGCUAAAACUUACCAAAAAGCCAUUUACAGGUUGUACACUUUGUAGCCUUCUGAUCCAGAUGCAACAUACUAGCAUGUGAAGAUCGGGCAUGUGCAGAAAGCAAAAUUUCAAGCUAGUUUUUGGGUUUAAAAGUGACACAGCAGUCUUGACUUUUAUUUGUCACUUUCUCUCCUCCCUUCUUUUUUUGUCUUUCAUACUUCAUUUUUUUUAUUUUGCUGGACAUUGUUUAGGCUUCAUUUUUGGUGGGAAAAGUUUUUAGGAAAGCUUUUAUGAUCUUAGUGGAACAUCUAUCAUCUAUCAUCUAAAAAUUGCAAAUUUCUAAGAAUGAUGACUUUUUACCAUACAUGUAGAUGAUACCAAAGACAUUAAUAAUACUAUUUUUUUCUUUUCAGUUGGAUAAGUGGUACUCAGCGACAAAAACUCCAGCAUGUGUGAUAUACCUAAGAGGUGGUACUGUUCUCUGUGAAGGUAAAGUCUAUUGUAGAUUUUUAAUCAGUUUACAUGUCAACCACAUCUUGGUAAAUCUCGUACUCAGUAUUGUUAAAAGCAGACAGAGCGCAAAUUUUAAAAUUUUUGUUGCCUACUUGAACAAGGGACUUGUAGUAGAUAACUUAAAGUGAACUGAGCAAAACAUCACCAGGAUUUUCAGACCAAUAAAAUAAGUAUAUUUUACUUUUAGAGUUUGAACAAGCCUGAGAUAAUCUUGCUUCAAAUUUAAUUACUCGGUAGAAACUAAGUAAGGUGAUAGACCUUGAUGCAUGUAAUAAUUUGACUUGUACUGAUGUACAGGUGUACUUGUAACCACAGUUAUGCCUUCUCUUGAAAGGAUCACUGCUGAUCACACCCCUUCAAUUCAAAUACAGCUUUUUGAUAAGUUUAUUUUGACAUAGAGUUCACCUUGAAUUACGCUUAUUUACAGUACAUUUCCUAUCUGCACUCACUUGAAUCAUUAUCAUUAUUUUUGCCAGGCCCUGAAUUUCUGAAAGCCAGGUUUGGUAGAAAUGUUGACAUACAGAGGAAGUUCCUUCGUGCUGUCCUUAAUCAUGGUUAGUCACUGGGACAAUAAAAUAUUAUGCAGUUAUUCAGACUGUUCCAUAAAAAUGUAACUGCUUACAGAAGUACAUACAGUGAAAUACACCACACAAGAUGUUGUGGAUCAAUGAUAUCAUGUAUUCAAUUUUUGUUUGUCGUGCCAUGAGUAAUAUUAUAAUAGUGAAACAAUAAAGAGAAAACAUUUCCAGGGGUAAAGUUAAAUCACAUUUACAUAUAUGUUUUAUGAUAAAUACUUUUACUUAAUCAAGCUGAUAUGAGUAACAUAAUGGUGAUUAGUGAGUUAUUGGUCAUAAAUAAUAUUUUAAAAACAGUGUUAACCAGGCUGGGCAGAUCCAGAAAAUUCAGAAAGAAAGGAUCGAAGAAAUUGAGGGGGUCACCUGUCCACUGAAAAAUCUGGGCUAUGGAGAUACUUUUUAUUAGCGCACAGAAUGUAACUUCUGUCGGGAUGUUAAUUAUACAAUGUAGGCUUUGGAAGACAGAUUCCCAGAUAAUUUUUGGGAUGUGCUAAUCUCCUUGAGCAAUGCUUAGAGGCACCCAUUAUAAUAAUAAUAAUUAUCAUUAUAAAAUUUUUAUGCAGAAGUUUACUUCUAGGUAACAACGUCCAGUCUGAGGAGGAGAUUUCCUCUGAGAAUGUGAAUGGCGAAGCACAUUUUCCUGUUUCCCUUCCACCAGAAGGAGGAAAUUAUAAAGUUGAAGAUCUUCGAAAAAUUGUCACAUCUUGUGUGACCAUUGGGAAAAGUGGUAAUGGUAUUAAAUAUUAUCUAACUGCAAGCUGUGCUCUAACAAAAAUUGGGGGAAGCCCAGUGCUCUGAACCCCUAAAUCUCGGGUGCCCAGCACAUAUUUUAUAUGAGAAAAGUUAGAUUUUCUAGUCGCCCAAUAGCAAAAAUUAAGGUCCAGAGGCCACCAGGGGCUGCUAGAGCAUAGCCAUGACCUGUAUUUUUAUCCUGAAUCCAGACUGGUUUUAACUGAGUUGACAGUGCAACCUCGUUCAUCGCGGAAGUGGGGGGAGUACUGUUGAAGCAAGUUGGGAAAGAAAAGACCCGCCUGGCCUCGCAGGUGAACUUUGCCUCCCCCAUUCUCCGAGUCUAAAUUUCAGGCACUUUAGUCUGAAGUAAGGUACAUUUUUUUACAUGCACAGUUGUGUAGAAUAUGGGGAGAGGGAAGACGAUGAUCGUUUGAGGAAGGUGAAGUGGCCCGCACUCGAAAUGCAUAGAUUGUUUCUUUCUUAAGUUGAAUGCUAUAAGAUUGUUUUUAGCAUGAACAAACUAGAUGUUGAAAGUCUAAUUUUGAAUUUACUAAGUGCAAUUCAACCCAUGCUAAUCACCCAUAUAAGCUACUAUAUGUUAAGCCAGCAAAGUGUUAGCCUGUGAAAACAUCCGUUUCUCCUCGCUCUUCGUCGCUGAGGACGUUUCGCGCGGAGGAACGUCUGCGACUCAGUGACAGAAAUUCCAUACUGAUGACGCAAAUCAAUGUUUACAUAAUAAAUCCGGUAGUCAUGGGGUUCCAAAUAUAAAUUUGUCUAAUUUUGCGUGUCUUCUGGUCGAUUUUGGUAGUGUUGCGUUGAUCUCCCCACGAGCUCCAGCAAAACUCAAAUGCUUCUUCUAGAGAAGACUAUAUUGCACAAAUAUUGACUGUUUUGUUAGAGAUUCUUCGUGUUUACAUUUGACCUUUUUGGCCUUUUGUCUUUUGUCUGUCAUUUGUAAACAAUAGCUAAAACAAUGUAACUGCUCCGUCGACGAAUCAGCGCUUCUGACUGCAUUCUGGACAGAUUUUACGUCAUUACUAUGGAAUUUCUGUCGCUGAGUCGCAGACGUUCCUCCUCGCGAAACGUCCUCAGCGAUGAAGAGUGAGGAGAAACGGAUGUUUUCGCAGGCUAGCAAAGUGUAAUCCAUAUGAAUAAAUUCCUUUUCCUAUCCUAAUCGUGCAGGACUGGAAUAUUAGUCUACCAGGAUCUAUUGUUGAUGCUGGGAGCCUGAACCCAGCCUGUCGUUGUCCAAUUGCUUUCCUCUUUGGUAUUUUUUGCACUGUAGAAAGAGCUCUGUAUUUUAAAACAUGGGCAAGUUUGGUCAACAUCAUGAAAAUGAAAAUGCUAUUUUUGUGGAUUCUGUGUUUGUCCAGCAUCAAGGCCACCUUAUCACGUCGUGGUUGCAAACCAAGAAUAAAAGCACUGUUCAGUGUUUGUUGCCUACUUUUCCUCUGCAAACACAUGGCUAACAGUUAGCUCACAGAUGAAUGUGUGUUGCACUGCUAAUGAAAUAUCUUCUUAAGUUCAUCGUUAUUUGAUUGUUUUGUUUCUGUAUUAUAAAUUAUAGGGUAUUGUAAUCCCUAUUGGGGAAAUGCGGAAUAUCGACCCUGCUGGUGGCCACAGGAAAUUCCAUUUGCCUCACCCUGCACAGGAAGUAUGUCAUGGCUAAAAUAGUAAUACUCAGUUGUCAUCUAUUAUGUUGAUGUCAUAGGUCAAAAUGUAAUCUAGGCUAACUUCUUUUUAACCUACGUUGAUUCUCAGUCUGCUUUGUUCCCUUCCCUCCCCCUCCCCCUCACAGGGCUACUUCAUUGUUAUAGUGAGGGGGAUGAUUGAAAGGGAGCAAACCUCAAAACCCCAAAAAGUCCCUAAACCAAAAAUCUGAAGCGAAGUUUUCUUGCCUUAAAAAUCUUCCACGAAGUACAUAACAGAAUAAAAUUUGAUGUUUGUGGUUGUUCCUUCAUACCAUCUGCAGUUUGCAUGAGCUAUAGAUUAACAUACAUGGUUUUCUAUCUACCUCUUAUGUGAGUUUUAUAUAAAGUAAAAAGAACAAGAUGAAAAAUGCCUCCUGGCCAAAAGUCAGCCUGUCAGUCAAAAUUGGUGGUGAGAUAUAAGCAGUGUUACCCUGAUGUCUCCAUUUAGAUCCCUCAAGAAAUAGGCCUUGUCGUAAUCUCACUACCAAUUUCCACUAACAGGCUUAUUUUUGAAAAGGGAACAUUUUUAAUAAUAUUGUGAUAUCUGGAUUUGCCAAACAGUUCAAAUUUUCAUAAUUAUCGUCAAAUUUUUUUGUUAUCACAUGAUUUUACUCUAUUUAGAAAUCUGCUUGUUCCAUCUUUCAACUAUUUACAUGUUUCUUGUAAUUUAUCACAGUCUGUCUACCCUGGGUGCCAGAGACUUUUCUAGUGCGGUUUCCAGUUUCUGUCAAGUCUUUAUAGGGACCUGUGCUGCCACUCAAGAUUCCCGCUGCACGCAAGAAGUAAACCUCCUGUACCCGGGUACAUCCUGACACAAAAGACUGGGAGCUGGGGAUUUCCCCCCAACUACUUUUAUAGGAUAAUUAAGGUGACUCGACCCAGUUUUUUUGGGGGGGGUACCAUCCUACUUUGAAGCUCUCUGGUAUCCCCACCUUUACUUUUAUCGUACGUCUAACACAUAGAAUGGAUAACAUAUAGAUCAAUCUGCAAUAUAACAUAAAAUUUUUGGCGAUCGGAGUAAAUGUCACGUGGUUAUAAUGCCACGCCCCUUUGAGGUCUGAGUCGAAAAUCGGCUGUUGCCGGCAUUUUUUCGUGAAAAUCUCUCGGCUACACGUAGUGCGCAUUAGUGCCUUGCGCUGAACAGAGUUUCACCAAAAUCGCAAAGACCCAAUUCGAGAAAUUCAGCGGUUUCCAAAUUUAGGUCAUAAUUUAUGCGAAAAUGAUAAGCAAACUUUACACGGAUUAUAUAUAAUAAACUAUGAGAUUCAUCUCCUUAUUUUGGGCAUCGUUAUAACAGAUGGGUCCUUGCAAGUCAGCAAAACGCUUUAGGGCCUUGUAAAUGCGCGUGAUUUCGAGCAAAGCAAACAUAUAGAAAUUAUAGUUUUCGCUAUUUGUUGACGUUUGUCAGCGUUUGAGAGUCCUUCUCACGAAAAAAGCAUUUUCUUAAAAAUUCGUAAUUUUUUUUCCUUCAAAUUUUUUCAGGGCCACAAUUGAUUACCUAACUACUCGGACUCUGAAUUUCAUGGUCAUUGAAAAACUGUCACAUUAUCUUCUAUAAGCUCAAACUUGAGUAAACAUUGAAGAUUUUUAGCGUUUUGGCGGAGUUUGUGCUUUGGGAGUUGUCUAUUGUUUCUAGUCUGUCAUUAUACAGCAUUCUUGUUCAGCACGCGUGCAAUGACCACACUUGGCUGACUUCCGAAUGCUCACCGAGAUAUUCCCGUCACGAGUUGGUUUAAUUAUUUGCUUGCAUUAAAUGAUAUUUUUGUAAUAGUAAGUAGACUUAGUGUGUAGCACUUCUUGAUUUUUUUGCAAAGACACAAGAAGCACGAGAAUUGAUGAAAAAUUGUUAGUUAAACCUCUAUGUAUCACGCGAUGGCCUGUCUCACUGUACCAAAUUUAUAAUAUCUCGGUGAGCAUUCGGAAGUCAGCCAAGCGCGGUCAUUGCACGCGUGCUGAACAAGAAUGCUGUAUAAUGACAGACUAGAAACAAUAGACAACUCCCAAAGCACAAACUCAGCCAAAACGCUAAAAAUCUUCAAUGUUUACUCAAGUUUGGGCUUAUAGAAGAUAAUGUCACAGUUUUUCAAUGACCAUGAAAUUCUGAGUCCGGGUAGUUAGUUAAUCAAUUGUGGCCCUGAAAAAAUUUGAAGGAAAAAAAAUUACGAAUUUUUAAGAAAAUGCUUUUUUCGUGAGAAGGACUCUCAAACGCUGACAAACGUCAACAAAUAGCGAAAACUAUAAUUUCUAUAUGUUUGCUUUGCUCGAAAUCUCGCGCAUUUACAAGGCCCUAAAGUGUUUUGCUGACUUGCAAGGACCCAUCUGUUAUAACGAUGCCCAAAAUAAGGAGAUGAAUCUCAUAGUUUAUUAUAUAUAAUCCGUGUAAAGUUUGCUUAUCAUUUUCGCAUAAAUUAUGACCUAAAUUUGGAAACCGCUGAAUUUCUCGAAUUGGGUCUUUGCGAUUUUGGUGAAACUCUGUUCAGCGCAAGGCACUAAUGCGCACUACGUGUAGCCGAGAGAUUUUCACGAAAAAAUGCCGGCAACAGCCGAUUUUCGACUCAGACCUCAAAGGGGCGUGGCAUUAUAACCACGUGAUAUUUACUCCGAUCGCCAAAAAUUUUAUGUUAUAUUGCAGAUUGAUCUAUAUGUUAUCCAUUCUAUGUGUUAGACGUACGAUAAAAGUAAAGGUGGGGAUACCAGAAAGCUUCAAAGUAGGAUGGUACCCCCCAAAAAAAACUGGGUCGAGUCACCUUAAUACAAGAGGAAAAUAGAGCCAAUUGAAAAGAAAUCCCUGGCUGUUCCUGUUUAUUAUUAAAUGAAUAUAGCUGGUAUCUCAAAAUCUUAUAUCACAUUUAUGUGUAUAAUUAUGGAAAAUGUCAGAUAGUUAUACAAUAAAUAAAUACUUGUAAAAGGUCAAAAUGAAAUUCAGGUUACCUGGGUCAGUUCUCAGUUUUGUUUGUCUCCUCACCUUAAUCAUUCAUGCAUAGGGGCAAGCAGACAAGGGAAAUUGAGAAUCAGUCUAGGAUGCAUCUGUAUUUAAUUUUAAACUGUAACAUAUUUGUUCAAUUAACAUAAUCAUUGCUUUCAGAAUCCAGAUUAUCCAAGAUGCAUCUUGUCAGGGUGAUGGAAUGCUAUCGUUCAUUUUGUUCAUCUAAAACCAGUUCAGGUACACGUAUUGUACCAGCACAGCAAGUCAAUAGUGGUGAUGAAGAAACCACAACCCAAGAAGAUGGACAGGAACCUGGUGCGCAUAAAAUGAUAUUAUAUUGUAUUACCACAGCAGGACAGUAGUAGCUAUGUAGAGGUCUACAAUGACACCAGAAGAUGCAGGCCAGUGUCCUGUUUCAUGCAUAUAUUAGGGAGCUUAAGCAUUGUAAGCAUUUUUGAGCGACAGACUUCAGCCAGAAGUGGACUUUCUGUAUCACUGAGCAGUGGUUUGGUUCAAACUCUCGGGUAAAUCGUCUUUAUACACUGUAAGAGAAAAGAAACUUAGCAAUAGAAAUUUGUUAGCAUCAAGGCGUGUAAAAAAAUAGAAGGCCAUACUUUGAGUUGACAUGGGUGGCUAAAAAAUGUCUUUCCUUAAGCUCCCUAUUGUACCACCAUAGCUGUAACAUUGGUGAACAUUGAAAAUAUUGGUCACAAAUAAUGUUUUGCCACUUAAAUUAAAGGCUUAUUCUUAAUACUUAUAUUUACCAGGCCAGGCAGAUCUAGAAAUUAAGCGAUCGAAGAAGUUGUGGGGUUCACCUAUCCACUGAAAAAUCUAGAACUCUGUCUCCUCAAGCAAGGCUUAGAGCCACCCAUUAGGAUAAUCAUAAUUAUCAUUAUCAUUAUCUUUAUGCAGUACAUGUAGUUUUCUUCCAGAUAGCAACGACCAGUCGUUAGAGGAGAUUUCCUCCCAGAACAUGAUUGCCCAAGCACAUUUUCCUGUUUCCCUUCCACCAGAAGGAGGAAAUUGUAAAGUUGAUGAUCUUCGAAAAAUCGUCACAAAAUGUGUGACCACUGGGAAAAAUGGAGGUGAUGUUAAAUAUUAUCUUACUGAGUUUUUUUAUCAUAAAUCCAGACUAGUUCUAAUUGAGCUCACAACCUCCUUUCUAGUGGGGGAAGGAGCAAGGAAGACCUUGGGAGCAAAAUUGGGCAAGAAUUUAAGACCCACCUGGACCUGAAACUUUGCCUCUCCCAUUCUCUGAGACUUCAGCUUCUCAAGGAGGGUUGUCCAAUACACACAAAUAGAGUCUGGUCGUCUAACUAUUAUCGAAGUUGAGCCAUUGUUUUGGAUGUCAGGGUGUGGUUUCUAGGGAAAAGAGUAGUGUCCACUGUCUGUAAUUGCAAGUUGAGUAGUUUCCUCUGUCAUGUAGCCAGUUCGAUGGGGUGGUCACAUCCCGUCAAGGGAAAUCUCGUCAUGAAAAUGAAAAUGCUAAUUAUGUGGAAAAUUUUUUAUUGUUUUGUCCUACAUCAAGGCCACCAUGUUAUUCUUAUUCUUGGUUUGCAACCAAGAGUAAAGCACUGUUUAGCAUUUUUUGCCUACUUGAACUCUACAAACACUUGAAUAACUGCUCACAGAUGAACUGUUAAUGAAAUGUGAAAUAAAUAGGUGUUGCACUGUUAAUGAAAUAUCUUCCUACAUUUAGUAUUAUUUGAUUGUUUUUUUCUGUAUUAUAAAGGGUACUGUUCUCCACAUUGGGGAAAAGCGGAAUAUCGACCCUGCUGGUGGCCUCAGGAAAUUCCAUUUGUCUCACCCUAUGCAGGAAGUAUGUCUUGGCUAAAAUAUUUUGUAGUACUACUCAAUUGUCAUCUAUUCUUUGGAUGACAUAGGUCAAAAUUAAAUUCAGGCUAAAUUUCUUUCAGCCUAUGUUUGAUUCUUCAUCUGCUUUGUUUCCAGUUGGAGUGCUCUAAAGUUAAAGCUAAAAAUGUCCCUGAACCAAAAAUUAACCGCAAAAAAAUCCCAUGCUGACUUUUCAUACAGGAUUAAAUGAUUUAACUUUCAAAAUAAUUGAACAUUGAAUAUUUGUGGUUGUUCGUUCAUCAUACCAUCUGCAAUUUGCAUAGGCCUUAAAGUAAAUGAUUUUCUGUCCACUUCUUGUCAAAGUUGUUUAUAGAGUAAAAAGAACAAGAUAAAAAGUGGCCAAAAAUUAACAUGGCAGUAGAAAUUGGUGGUGAGAUUUAAGUACUGUUAUGCUCUGAUGACUCCAUAUAGAUCCUUGUUAAAUAGUGCUGGACUGUAAAUGUCAUGAUCAUGAAUAAUCUCACCACCAAUUUCCUUUAACAGGCUGAUGCUUUGUAAGCCUAGGGGAGGUUUUUCACCUUUUUCUUUCUGUACUGGUUAAUAAAUGAGCAGGAAUGUAUUAUCAGGUUUUUAAAACUGCCUCGAAUUUUUAAGCCUGAUAAUACAUGACUGUGAGUUUUUUGAACGGCAAGAAAAUCUCUGUUAUUGAUCAACUCAUUCUUGCACUAAUAUUUGGAUUUGGGGUUAUAUAUUUGGUCUAAAAAAUAUUUGGAUGCAAAGUUUAGCCAUAUCUUUAUCAGACAUAAAGACACUCGUUAAACAUUAUUUUCUUUUGACUCUUCUUGAUGAAUUAUCAAUGAGUUUUUGAAGAAUACGCCAAUAGCAACCAAUCCCACAAUUUCGAGUUUUGGUGACAUCACAUUUCUAUAGUCUUUAGAAAUCUGCUUAUGUUCCAAAUUCCAGCUGUGUAUUUUCUAACUUGUCACAGGUCUGUCACAAAAGGCUGGGGGCCGGAGAUUUUCCCCCAACUACUUUCGUAGGAACCAAAACCCUGUUCUCAUAUCACAUUAUUGGAAAAUUAGAAUAAGUUUAUUUUAAAUGGUUAUACAUUUAUUUGUAAAAGGUCAAAAUUAAAUUCAGGGUGUUCUCAAUUUCUUUUGUCUUUCCUGCAUUGGGGCAAGCAAACAAUGGAAAUUGAGAAUCAACGUAGGUAACGUAAUAAAUAUUUCCUCAAAUACGUAAUCAUUAUUGCAGGAUCCAGAUUAUCCAAGACACAACUGGUCAGGGUGAUGGAAUGCUAUCGUUCAUUUUAUCCAUCUAAAACCAGUUCAGGUACACGUAUUGUACCACCACAACAGGUCAAUAGUGGCAAUGAAGAAACCAUAACCCAAGAAGCUGGUCAGCAACCUGCUCCACAUAACAUUAUCUAUAUUGUAUUCCCACAAGUGAACAACAGCAGCAAUGUACAAACAGUAACACCAGAAGAUGCAGGCCAGCGUUCUGAUGCAGAUAUUGUACCACCACGACAGGAAACUAAUGACAAUCCAGAAAUCUUAACACAAGAAGAUGGCCAGUCAGAAGUUCUAUAUGCGCUACAAGGUGCUGUUGGUGCUACUACUUCUAUUUUGACCGAGAGGGACUAGAGCGACAAAACUGUUUCCUGCAAAACGAAUUGAAAGACGGUGUCGUUUUAUCACAUGUUAUCAGGAAUGAAACCUGUCUUGAAAUGGCUUAGGUUGUUGCAGAGAGAAGAGAGUACACUAAGACAGUUGUAGUUAGACUGUUUGCAACAAAAUAUGUACAAAAUUUGCAGCAGUCUUGCUUAUGGCGUAAUUCCCUUCCAGUCAGAAGGCGUUCUUCCCUGGUGAACACUUAAGUGCUCAGAGCAAUCCAGUGUUGUAAGCUGGGUGCCAGAAACUUUAGUUCUCCUGUCUUGUCUUGUUUUGUUGAAGUCUACAGCCUUUGGCAAAAGAUAUGCCAGCCGCAGGUCCACACCGAAUCAGCCUUCUGUACGCAAGAAAAAAGCUCUAGUACUCAUAUUAUUUGUCACUUGAAUAUUUUCUUAGUUCUCUCAAAUUUCAUCGCAGAUCAGGUCAUCUCUGGAGAGAGUUAAAAUGACUGGGAUGUCCAGUCCCUCGCUCCAGUUCAGGGAGGGUUUUCUUUGUGUUAUGGCUUGUAAUUGCGUUUCAUUUGUAAAAUCGAAAAAUGCGAAAUAUGUGAUGUCACCAACAACUUAUUUCACAGCAGUCCUUGUAGUUCAUGUAUUCAUUGUUACCUAAUCACUCUCCUUGGUAGCAGUAUAGCGUACACCAAAUGAACCUUUUUUUAAGGAGGAAUCUCAUUAACUUGAGGGGAUAUGCAUGAAGUUAUAACCUUUAAUUGUGAACAUAUAAUGCAAUGGAAGAUAGUAUUACAUGCUAUUUUAAAAUUUUUUGACGGGUUUGACAAGUUUACUGUUUUCUCUACACCACAACCACCAAUAUAAUAUUGGUUCACGGGCAAACCGUUUUGGAUAAAUGGUAAGCAA